UUAGAAGUCUUGAUUUAUUAUUUUAAGAUAUAUAUAUUACAUUAAAACUACACUAAAAGAAUAGAAGAUAAGGGUCAUCUCAGAAGGUUAGCUAAGCCAAGAAUCGAAAGGAAUGAAUCAACAAAGGUUUGUGGCUUGGACAAAGUGAGAGCCAGUUGACUGUGAUUGGCCAUUAAUUAGAAACAACCACAUGAGGCCAAUCCCAGAUGUACCUGUGGCAUUCCACAGCAGCAGAUAAUCAGGGUUUACAUUUUGUUCCUGAGGCCUUUCAGCUUCUCAGGAGGAAAAAUCCUAAGGAAAGGAUUUUCAUAGAAAGAAGUCUGCGACAUUGGGGUGUCUGUCCUGCAGGGAUGGUGCUCUCAGUGCUGGUGAUCCCAUGGCAGUGUUGGGGUGUCUGUCCUGCAGGGAUGGUGCUCUCAGUGCUGGUGAUCCCAUGGCAGUGUUGGGGUGUCUCUUGUGCAGGGAUGGUGCUCUCAGCGCUGGUGAUCCCAUGGCAGUGUUGGGGUGUCUGUCCUGCAGGGAUGGUGAUCCCAUGGCAGUGUUGGGGUGUCUGUCCUGCAGGGAUGGUGAUCCCAUGGCAGUGCUGGGGUGUCUCUCCUGCAGGGAUGGUGCUCUCAGUGCUGGUGAUCCUGCUGCUCUCUGUGCUCUAUGAGGCUGUGAAGAUGGGCAAGGCCGUGCUGCUGCGGCGGGCGCUGCUGGCCCUGCCCCGCAGCCUCAGCCACGAGGCCCUGACGGAGCCCCAGGAGGAGGAGCAGAGCGACCCCGCGCAGGGCAGGUGGUUCUGGUUCCACGUGGCCCAGACUCUGUUCCACGUGCUGCAGGUGGUGCUGGGCUACAUGGUGAUGCUGGCAGUCAUGUCCUACAACGCCUGGAUCUUCCUGGGGGCCAUUGCAGGCUCCACCCUGGGCUACUUCAUGGUGUACCCGCUGCUGGGCCGGGGCUAGAGCCCCCCGGCGUGGUGGCACACGUGUCCCACCUCCUGCUCCUUUGUCUGGAACAGCUGCUGUCACUUCUGGCUCUGUCCCCGUGCUCUGUGGGACACAGAACCCCAAGGACUUGCUGGGGCCCUGCUCUGGGGACAGGGAGCCCCAUGGCCAUGCUGCCACUCAGCUGGUGGCUGUCCCCUGGCUCUCAGGGACCUUUGUCCGGGUGGUGACAGCAGGGUGGGGGCAGUGCUGGCAUUUCCUCCCCUCCCUGCUUUUCGAGGAGGUUCAUCCUGGCUGGAACAGGAACGAGCCGGUGACUUGCUGGGGACAGGGACCCUCCUGCCCAGAGCUGCCCUGCACCAAGCCCCUUUUCACACAGUGCCUUUGGGGACACUGGGGGUCCUGCCACCCCCACCCCGCUCCUGUGCUUCAGGGAUGGGGCUGGAGCAGGGAAAUGCUGCUCCUGGUGCCUCUUGCUGCUUCCUCAGGACAUCCCUUUGAAUAAAAUCAUCUCAGCUCCACUCCUGGCUUGUGUCACUGCUGGGUGGGCUCAGGACGGGACACCCCUGGGUCUCACAGUGGGACUGGGGAUCCCCAGCCCUGCCCAGGGAGGUGUUUCAGCAAUAAGGAGAGGCUCCUCUGGCUUUAAAUAAAGCUUUUCCAUUUUAUUAAUUAUUAUAAGCAUAUCUUUAAACAUUUGUAUAACUUUCUUAAUAAAAUAUCCUGGAAGAGACAGGUUUGAAGUUCACAGAGAAAGGCACUUUGAGGGGGGCGUCCCAAGCCACUUUGGGGGCCCCCCUGAGUGGGUUAGGCUGGGCACAGGUGGGUGUUGGGGUGCUGGUCCCUGCUCCAGGUGUCACACCCAGGGGUCCUGCAGACCCCCAGCACCUCCAGGACUUUUGGCAUCACUCUGUGGGGGCUGCAGCACUCCUGUCCUCAUGACACACAGAGGGGUCAGCAACCCCCUGCUCUUUGCUCAGCCAGCACAGCAGAUGCCAAAACCUGCAAAACUGGAGAAACCAGCCAUGGGAGGUGCUGAGGAGAUGUGGAGGGCAAGGGCUGGGACCUCUCCACUGCACAGCAAGCUGAGCCUGGAAUUAUCCCAGUCCUGCCUGG